UAAAGUUUGGCUAUCUAUGAAACUCUGGUUAUGUAAACCUCAUUAACGGUCAAUGUUGUUUUAAAGAAAUUCACAAGUUUAAUAGCAAUAAUGCCGCAGAGAAAAUCCAGCACAGCAUUCGGAGCGAGAGAUCGGCCAGCACCAAAACUAAAGGAGCAGUAUCUUUUCCUGCUAGAAUUCUUCGUACAUCACAUUACCGGCGAAAGACUGGCUAAGCUGAACCAGAUGUUCUUUGUACCAACGAGCGUCUGUUUCCAGUUUCUCGAUUUCAAGGAUGAGGACAUACAAGUCACACCGGUGGAUCCGAUGUUCGAGCCUCAGGCAGGAAUUGCGGAUGACGUAGAAUAUUUCUACUCAGGUCGAUCGAUUAUGUUCGCAAUCGCUGAACACGUGGUGAUAAAUGAUAUCUCGGAAUUCAAGAUCCAGCUGAUCGUGCAGAAAAAAAUGCCAGAUGACAUAAAACCUGAUAUCCUGAUAGGGAAAGGUACAAUUGACCUGAGUGAGCAGUUUCGCAAACUCAAGAAGGAGAUGCAGCAAUGUUGGACCCGCAGGAUUCCAACGCCUAGAACGUACGAGGAUGAGAUACCUUUGAAUUUCCAAGGAGAAGAUGUAGGUACGAUUUUACUUUAUGUAAGAUUGUCUGCCUUUGGACAGACUAUCAUAACAGAAUUCGACGCACCGCCGAUUGGACGUGAAAAGACGUCAUCCUUUGUCUUCAAGGGAGAUGAAAACAUUGAAAAAGCUCCUACGUACAAGUGCAGAUUAAUAGAUUCCGACGAUUUGAAUAUUUGCAACGAUUCGAACGAUGACGUCACCCAGGAACAUAUUUGUCCUAUUUGUGUGCCACCAAGGCACCAAUGCAUCCCUUGUGGACGAAGUAAGGGCGCGGUAGAAAAAAUACCCAUGCCAAUUACACCAGUAUGUCCUGCUGUAAAAUCCGUACCUAAAGCUCUGGAAGAUGCUGCGUGUACCAAGCCUGAGAAAAAUUUACCUAUACAGUCAAGUCGUGGUCCUGCUCAGCCUUGUGGCAAAGCUGUUGUACUUAAAGUCUCUGGCCUCUUAGAUGAGGGAACUAAGGAUGGUCAACUGAAACAACCGACUGUAACUGUGACUUCGGAGGCCGAGGCUACAGGACCCAACCAUCCAGGAGAUCCGGACCAUGACGUGUUUGUGUUACGCAUAGGAAAAAAGGGCCUCGUUGGCGAUGGUGAGAAAUCUGACAUUCAACUUGAGAUGAGAACACCUAAAGGACCGGAAAGAAGACCUCCUAUCAGAUAUGAAACUAGGGAAGUUCAAACAGAAGAGGAUAAGAGUAAGGGAAAAGGUGGUAAAGGUAAAGGGAAGAAGGGUGACAAGAAAAAGAAAUAAAAUCAACACUGUGUCGUACAUCAUCUUGGACUU